AUGUCUAAAGACAAAAUCUACACCGCCACACCACUCCGAACGUACGAACUGCGACCAACGCAAGUAAAAACCACAGGUUGGUUCUCGUCAUCAUUAUCAUCCGAUGCAACGACACCAUCAGACCGUAUCUUCGGCGUCUUCGAGACGACUGAAGAUGCCACAAGCGAUGGGCUAAAAGAAGUUUCCAAGUACUUUGUAGACACCGCCGCCAACUCGACCUUCCCGAUAUGGCCGUCCAACAGCAAUCAGGUCAUCGCCAUCUUCCCUCAGACAACCAAUGUCGAAAAUAUCGUGGAUAGGAAAGCCACAUCUGUUCGAAGCAUCUCGCAAACACACAGCUUGAUCGGGCGACAUAUGUGCACAGUCAGCAGCGUCAGACCGCAGUCUGCCUUUCAGGCACAAGGCGAGUGGAAGAGCAAGGCAGACGACAUGUCUCUUCAGGAAUGGUGGGUCGGUAGCGGAUUGGGUCACGGUCAGUGGUCUGAUUCUACUCUUGAGAAGGCGUUGGGGUUUCCAGAUCGCAGUGAUGGGUUUUCCAUUAAAGAGGACCGGGUGGAAUGGCGCGCACAGGGCGAUCAGUGGCAGACAAGGCUGUCACAAAAGUAUCGUGACAUUUCCUGGGGAGGCAAGGGGAGGGUGUCUGGUGGAGGGUUGAUAUUGACAGGGGCGGAUAUGGUGCUUGCAGUGUAUAAGCCUAGAUGUGCGAGAUGGGAAAAGAAGGGAGACGCGGCUGAUGAUGGGCAGGAAAAGGGCGAGAUUAUUGGAGAUGGAGUAAGUGUCGGUGUACUUGGUAUUUGCCAUGAGAAGGUGGACGACGAGAUGACACAACAUAUCUUACUGAGCGCAGUUGCUAUCGAAGAGCAGAUUAUGCGAUCUAAGGGAUUCGACCCUCUGAAGUAUCAUGGCAUGUGGGAUUGA